AUGAACGACACAAUUACUAAGAAGAAGGCGGCUCUUCUCACUUGGGGACAAGCUAAUGGAAUUCAGACGCAGGUGGAAGAGUAUGAGAAGAGUAUGACAAACUUCAUCGCUGAACUCAAAAAGAAUGUGACCGAACUUGUCGAUGCAAUGCCGGCAGCUCUACGGAAAUUCUUUGCAUUGAUGGAUAACGAAGAUCAAACUAUGCUCCAAAUAAAGACUUCUAUUGAUGCACUCAAAAAUGAGAAUCCAACGGUCUACAACGCGUUGUUUGCGGUCAUGAAACAGAUGAAAUCGACAGGAAUGCACGGUCCUUGUGGCCCAGGUGGUCCCGGGGGUCCAGGUGGCCCGGGUGCCCCCGGUGGUCCUGGUGGCCCAGGUGGCCCGGGUGGCCCGUGCACACCACCCCAUGGCGAAGGAUCAGAAGACGACAAAGAUGAAGAUCCUGCUCACAAGUAA